CACACUUGCAAGUACGUAGCAACACAAGCCUAGCCAUGACGAUGAGGAAGCGCCCCUCCUCGUCCUCUCUUCUCGUAGCACCGCUGCUGCUUAUGCUUCUUCCAGCGUUUGCUCUUGCUGCAGGGAGGCACACCUUGAUCACUAGAGACCCUCUAUACGGCCCACGGGCUAACCCAAAUCCAGAACCACUACCAGGAAAACAACCAAAUCCAAAUCCUCAACCAUUGCCAGACCCACAACCACUGCCAGGACCACGACCAGACCCAAACCCGCAACCACUACCCGAUCCUAAACCUAAUCCAAACCCACAACCACUGCCUGAGCCACAACCUGAUCCAAAUGCUCAACCAUUACCAGGACCACACCCUGACCCAAAUCCACAACCAUUGCCAGGCCAAAACCUGCAACGGUUGAUGAACCCAUGGCCAAACCCAAACCCGCAGCUACUACCAGACCCACGGCCAAACCCAAACCCUCGUCCAUUACCAGGACCGCAGCCUGAUCCAAAUCCACAACCAUUACCAGACCCAAACACAAAACCAUUGCCGGACCCACAACCAAACCCAAACCCUCAGCCAUUACCAGGACCGCAGCCUGAUCCAAACCCACAACCAUUUCCAGACCCAAACCCGAAACCAUUGCCGAACCCACAGCCAAACCCAAACCCUCAACCAUUACCAGGACCUCAGCCUGAUCCAAACCCACAACCAUUACCAGACCCAAACCCAAAACCAUUGCCGGACCCACAACCAAACCCAAACCCUCAGCCAUUACCAGGACCGCAGCCUGAUCCAAACCCACAACCAUUACCAGACCCAAACCCACAACCACUGCCUGGACUGCCGGACCCGAAUGCACAACCAAAACCACCACUUGGGACACAAGCGGAAAAGGAAAAUGUGGAAGCACACAUCCAAGAGGAGCCGCUGGGAUGAGAUGUUCGAGUACAUCAACCGCGCCAGAUAUAGUAUACUCGUGACUUAUAUUGCCUGCUGGAUUAAAUAAGUGGUGUGUUGUAACCCACCACCAUCAAGUCAUUCUGUGCUAUAUAAUGUCAAGAUCAAUCAAGAUUAGGGUAUGAUGCCCAUGUAAAUCUUGUGAUUGUUCUGACUUACUUUUCUGGCUUGUAUGGAUGAUAAUUGUAUGUGUGUGCUGGUUGUACUAUGAUUGUGUGAUGAUAUAUAUUAAAAUUUCUACUUUGUACCUUUA